AUGAUUGACUUAAGUCAAAACCAGUUGCAGGGUCAUUUGCCAAGAUCUUUGGCCUACUGUACUGAGCUUGAGUAUCUUGAUGUUGGGAGCAAUCAAAUCAAUGAUACCGAUCCCUUUUGGUUGGGAACUCUUCAACAGCUAAAGAUUCUUGUUCUCCAUUCUAAUGGCUUCCACGGUGCAAUAAGGAGCCCGGAAACAAAUUACACAUUCCCCAAUUUGCGUAUCAUUGACCUCUCUCACAACUAUUUUUCUGGGAAUCUGCCUGUGGGAUACUUCGCACAAUGGGAUGCCAUGAAAUCCGUUGGUGCAAAGAAUUUAAAAUACUUGGAUGGUCACUCGGUCAACUAUUCAAUGUUAAUAACGAUAAAAGGUGUGGAGUUGGAGUAUAAUAAGAUCCAAGAUGGCCUUACAGUCAUAGAUUUCUCAUGCAACAGAUUUGAAGGAGAUAUUCCUGAAAUACUGGGGAAUCUAGAAGGACUCCAUGCCCUGAACCUUUCUAAUAAUGCUUUCACUGGACCUAUACCACAGGGGCAACAGUUUGGAACAUUUCCAAAUACUUCAUUUGAAGAUAAUCAAGGACUGUGUGGAAAGCCGUUGUCCAAAAUUUGUGGAGAUUCUGACAUUUCAACACCUCCACCUUCAACCUUUGAAGAGAAUCAAGGUCCAAAAUUGUUCUUUGAAUUUGGUUGGAAAGUAGUUGUGAUGGGAUAUGGAUGUGGAUUCGUAUUUGGAAUUGUUAUCGGGCACAUUGUGACAACUAGAAAGCAAGAUUGGCUCAUCAAGAUUUUUGGCAAGAAGCAACACCAAACUCGAAUAAGCCGGGUGAAUCGUCGGGUGAAUCGUAGGAAGUAG